AUGGCGGAAUCAACAGAACGAAAACUGGAGGUCCAAACAGACACCAAUAGCUUCACCCUUAAAGGAAGAUCAUGUGAAAUGUCAGCCUAUUCAUUUAUACCCACGAAAAGGGAAGAUCCUGCGGAGAGGACUGUUUUCAACACCCCUAAAGAUGUAUCUAUAGCUGUGGCUGAGGAAAGAUAUCCCUAUUCAACAUAUCAGAGACUUUUUAGAAAACAAGUUGGAUUCAACAAUAAGCUUCAUCGUGAUGACAGAGAGCAUGCCAAAUCUCGGGGUCUUAAGGUCAAUGAUGAGGAAAAAGUAAAAGAAGUACCCACCCUCGCUUCCUCGGAGUACGGCCAUCGACUGGACAUGUGUAGCGACCCUCCAACCAGACAGCAUGUGAGGAUUGCCCAUGUCAAAUCACAGUUCUACAGGAGGAACGGGAUCACAUCAUGAGACCUUUAGACUGGUGCUUCCUGACUUCAUCUAAGACAUCAUUGGUUGUGCAAUUCAUUCAUAGACAACAUAGCUAACUUACUGCAGGUCAUAAAAGAUGAUGUUGACUUCAUUGUUGGUA